AUGCCCUGUCUUUGCCACCUCCACAAUGAUACUCUCGUUGUUAGCAUAUGGGUAGGAGACUACAACACCCAUCGAGUCCUGGUCGAUAAUGGAAGCUCAGUUGAUAUCCUGUAUUACUUGACAUUCCAACAAAUGAGAGUCGAGAAAGAACAACUCAUACCUACCAAUGCACCACUCAUUGGGUUUAGAGGCAUGAAAGUAUACCCUAUUGGGGUAAUUACACUACCUAUAACGAUCAGAGAUUACCCUCAACAGAUCACCAAUGAUGUGAUUUUCCUAGUCGUCGACUGCUUAUCCGCUUACAAUGCCAUACUGGGUCGACUUACACUCAAUUUGUGGAAGGUCGUGACUUCAAACUAUCACCUGAUGAUCAAGUUCCCCAUCGAGUGUUGGGUAGGAGAGGCUCUGAGCAUAGAAGAGCAACAGACAGUUGCAAAGCCCAUUGAGGAGUUGGAGGAGAUAUUUCUCGAUGAUUCUAGACCUAAAUGGACAACCAGGAUCGGCAGCCUUGCCAUUUCACCUGUUCGUCAAGCGCUCACGACCUUCCUAAGAAAGAGCCAGGAUGUCUUUGCCUGGGGCCACGAAGACAUGCCCGGGAUCGACCCAUCAGUCAUGGUUCACAGGUUGAACGUAUCACCCUCUUUUCCCUUUAUCCGCUAG